AUGUCUACUACGACAAGAAAGGUGCAAGCCCAGCGGAAGUUCGCGCAGGGCGCUUACAUACCACAAAAAAAUACUAACAAUGUCAGUAAUACAACUGCUGAACGUAAAACGGACUUAAUAUCUCCAAAGGAAACAAAUAACAACUUUUUUCAUAAUAGCAGUUCGGCUAAAAGCCUUCUCGACAUUGUCUGCUUUCAAAAUGUCCAUGUUCAUAAGCAACCUAUUGUACUCCUAGAAAGAUUACACGAAAGCCAAUCAGUAUUUGCACCAGGAGCUACAAAUCGAGUGACACGUGUGCAAAACCAUCGAAAUAUGUUAUCAAACGAAGCGGUUUCUCAAAAAUCAAAACCGACAGCAAAAAAACAUUGCAUGCUAUUAAGGUCAAGGACUAAUCAAAGACCACAAAAAAGAGUAAAUAUAAAAGAAAUUAAUUUGGCACCGAGGAGAAUAAUUACGAGAAACAUCAGAAAAUUCCUGUCAAGUCUUAAUAGAUCUGACUCUAGUGACUUCAAUACUGAUGAUGAUAAGCCAUUAGCCUACUUUACCAGAACUGUUAAGGCAAGGAAAAUCAAGAGGAAUAUAAAAACAACCACAGAGUGUAAAAUUCCACGGAGAAAUGCAAUAGAUGAACCUGUUGCAAUGAGUGUCGAUAAGGAUGUACAAACAUACAAAAAUGCUUCAUUGGCACCCAAGCUGCCGGAUUCAUCGCUUCCUCGGGAUGAACCUGUUGCAAUGAGUGUCGAUAAGGAUGUACAAACACACAAAAAUGCUUCAUUGGUACCCAAGCUGCCGGAUUCAUCGCUUCCUCGGGAUUCCCGACAUGCUAUGCAACCUGACGAAAUGUUAUAUAUACCAGUGAAUUCUCCAUCUAUUCCACAAGUGAGUGUUGCAGUGAGUGUCGAUAAAGUUGAAGUAUCAUCCGAGGCCUCCUUUGGAUCGCAGGCUCUGGAUGCACCGCUUCUUUGGGAUGAACCUGUUGCAAUGAGUGUCGAUAAGGUUGAUAAGGUUGUACAAUGGUCCCCAGUCCCCUCUUUGGGAUUACUGGAUUCACCGCUUCCUUGGGAUGAAACUAUUGCACAGAGUGUGGAUGAACCCGUACCAUCGAUCGCAACCUCUUUGGGAUCGCAACGAGACGAGUUACCGCUUCCUCGGAAUGACCCUAUUGCACGGAGUGAUGAUGAACCCAGUCCAGUGAUGAGUCCAGUACAAUCGAUCGUAAUCUCUUUGGGAUCGCAACAAGAGGAGUCACCGCUACCUCGGGCCAAUGAAGAGGUACCAACUGUUCAAGGCGGCACCAGAGUUAUUGAAUUUGUAGAAGACACUAUAGACUGGGCCAGUACUGAUGGAGAACAAAAUAUUGAAAAAACUGUGCCAGCAGGGUGUAGUAUUAAUGAACUUAAUGCAUGGAUUCAAGAAACUAUAAAGCAAAAAAAACAUGUAAAUCGAUUUAAAAUUCCUCAUCCUCCAAGGCCGAAACAAUCAUCACGGCUUCAAACAGUUGCAGGCCGACAAAUUUUCACCAAUAACUUCGACAUGCCUAGUACAUCCACUGUUAGAGCUUUUUCGUGUCCAUCUAAGCGUUAUACCACCUCUAGAGAAGUAUUGCAGGCUCCAAAGGAAGAAUUAGAUAAACGUUGCAUGAAAUGCAAAUAUUGUGAUUUUGUGAACAGAGUUUUUGAAAGAAGUAGCGAACGCAAAACACCCUCAAGCAGUGACAAUUCUCUUUCUACACAAAAUGAAGGAUUCAGUUCUGACAGCAACACAAGCUCAGUUCAAUGGAAUACAUCGUAUAGUCACAAACGUAAAAGGCGUUGCAGACAAGCGUUUAGGAAACAAAGUGUGAACACAGGCAAUAUGGGAGGUGAACGUAUGUCCUCAGAACUUCCACCUUCAUCUGUACUUCCCCUACCUCGUCCACGAUCAAACAAUCGACCUCAACCUCCUCAACCAAUUAAAAGUUUUUAUUCGAAAGAUAGCAAUAAUAUUUUUGAAUUCAAGUUGUCAUGGCUAUCGCAUAAAAAAAAAUUUAUUUUGAGUGCUGACCCGAUUCCUAGUCCUUCAGAUAUAGUAAUGACGGAGUUAAAUUCAGCGACAGAUUCGAACAUUAAGAAUUCUGUGCUUGGACAUUUGAAUAAUAUACGAAAAUCAGUAAUUAAUAACGACGACGGCGCAAUUCCGAGUACUUCAAGAGGACCUGAUCCUGAACCAGUUGUUACAAUGCCUGUCAAGGAGAAUUCAAACAAUGUUGGUACUAGAAAUAGAGGAGGCUGUCAAGCACAUUUGAAUAGUCUACGAAAAUCAGUAAUUAAUAACGACGACGGCGCAAUUCCGAGUACUUCAAGAGGACCUGAUCCUGAACCAGUUGUUACAAUGCCUGUCGAGGAGAAUUCAAACAAUGUUGGUACUAGAAAUAGAGGAGGCUGUCAAGCACAUUUGAAUAGUCUACGAAAAUCAGUAAUUAAUAACGACGACGGAGCAAUUCCGAGUACUUCAAGAGGACCUGAUCCUGAACCAGUUGUUACAAUGCCUGUCAAGGAGAAUUCAAACAAUGUUGGUACUAGAAAUAGAGGAGGCUGUCAAGCACAUAUGAAUAGUCUACGAAAAUCAGUAAUUAAUAACGACGACGGCGCAAUUCCGAGUACUUCAAGAGGACCUGACCCUGAACCAGUUGUUACAAUGCCUGUCAAGGAGAAUUCAAACAAUGUUGGUACUAGAAAUAGAGGAGGCUGUCAAGCCGAAAAACUAAAAGCAGCAUUUCCCCGUCAUAAUAGCAAAGCUGAACUAGUCGACGCACCAGUUUUUUACCCAACUGAGGAUCAGUUUCUGGAUCCGAUUGCUUACUUUAAUGAAAUCAUGCCGACCGCAGCCAAAUUUGGGAUAUGUAAGAUUGUAGCACCAGGGACAUUCAAGCCGAAGUGUGUUUUCGACGAAGAAAUCAAAUUUGGUGUGACUAACCAAUAUAUUUCGCGUUUGUAUACUCGUUGGGGUCCAGCUUCCAGAGAAAUGAGUGCUAUAAAAGCACACUUAGCUUCGCAAAGUGUAGUAUUCACAAGACCACCGCUGCUCAACGGUAUCGAAGUGAAUCUCCCUAAACUUUAUGAACUCGUGCAACGGUGCGGUGGUCUCAAGAAAGUUAUAGAAAAGAAACGUUGGAGUCGUGUAGCCGAAGAAAUGAAACUUACCAAAUCUCCUAAUAUUGAAAAAAAAAUUGAUCAAAUUUAUGUUAAAUACAUAUUACCUUAUGAUACGAUGUCUAACAAAGAACGUCUAGAAAUUAUGAAUAACGUAGAAGUUAACUGGAAUAAGAAAAAUAAAAGGAUGCUUGAUAGAGCAUUAAAUCCCUUGCACAGACAAAAACGUCUUCUGGGUGAAUCAGAAUCGUCUGAAGAAGAUGAUGAUGACGAUUUAAAUAUUACUCAAGCUUUAAUCGAAGCCGAAGAUUGCAUAGUAACCGGACGUUAUAUGAAUUUGGCAACGUUUAAAAAGGUAGCCAAUAAAGUAAUAGCGACGCAUUUUUCUACACCACACCCUGCUACGCAGGAUGUAGAAAGUGCAUAUUGGAAAUUAGUAAUUAUGGCAAAAGAGCACGUAUGUGUUAAUGCCGCGUCAAUAGAUACUGGAGAAGAGGGAUAUGGAUUUACAAAGAAUCAACGAGAUAUUAUUGGGAGACACCCGUGGAAUCUGAAGGUGUUAAGUUGUAAUCCUGGCAAUAUUCUGCGAUAUUUGGGUUCCAAAUUGGGUGUCACUGUACCGACUUUGCACCUUGGUAUGGUUUUUUCAACUAGCUGCUGGCACCGAGAUCCGCACGGUCUACCUUGGAUAGAGUUUAUGCACUCGGGACCCGCCAAGAUUUGGUACGGGAUUCCUGAUGAACAGAGUGCAAACUUCCGUAGAGCAGUCGAGUUGCUCUGCCCUACUUCAUGUCAAAAUAAGUCUCUUUGGCUGUCAUCUGAUAUAGUCAUGAUCCCACCCAACCUGCUCUUAGAGCACAAUGUGUCCCUUUCAAGGGUGGAACAAAAGCCUGGAGAGUUCAUUGUAGUCUUCCCCAAGGCUUAUUCUUGCUCAAUUUCUACAGGAUAUACUGUAUCAGAGAGUGUGUACUUUGCUAAUAACUCUUGGUUAAAAAGUGUUCACCAAGUGUUUAAUGAGGUGAGAGAAAGCUGCGAACCAACGAUGUUUUCGCUGGAGCAACUCUUAUUAGCGGCUGCACGAGACCCUCGCUCUCCGCUGUCGAUUCUACCGGAAAUAUAUGCCAGCCUCAGGACCAUUAUCAGUGAGGAACUCGACAACCGUACUGCCAUAAUCCGCUACAACGUUCCGAGUCGCAACUGCAAACAGUCCCGUAAGCGACCAGCGGGAGCGUGGAAUGUUCGCGAACAAGACGAGUGCGAAAUCUGCCGCGCUACACUUUAUCUGUCCAGGGUACGAGGGCUACCAACAAAAAAGAGUACUGUUUGUCUCCAGCACGGUCGACGUUUACUAGAGAGUCGACGGCAAAGCGAGCGGGAAGCGCCAAUAGAGAUGGACGUCUUUUUAUCGGAGAUUGAAUUAGAAAAAAUUUUACAAGCUAUCCAGAUGCGGUUAGUCUCCUAA